CUUGAAGUAGAGUAUGUCAAGUUUAAGACAUGUUGAUGUCGAUACAUGAGAUUUUAUCGUGUUGCAUGAGUACUACAAAAAUAGUAUCGUUUUUGUAGUUGCUGGCGUAGUUCAUUUCUUUACCUGAAAUAAACUCAACAAAGUAGAAGUAUUCUAGGAACAUUUUUAGACCACAAGCGAAUCGCCGAUACUUAUGCAGCAUUGACUCUUCAAGAAAAGCAAGAUAAUGGCGAUAAAAUUUCAUGACUUGCUGUCCGACCUGCUGCUCGGAGCGCCGUCGCCUUCACCGGGAAGCACCUCGCGAAGAAUUACAGAAAGAGAAACAGGAAGAAUCCUGAGUGCGAUAUCCUCUCCCCCGACAUCUUCUCCAUCGAGCAACAACGCACUGCAACACUUGUUCUCAAGAACCGACAAGAGCACUCGAGGACCCACUUCGUUCGCUGCCACGCAAGAAGAGGAACCGCCACCACCAGAACUCAUGGCGAAAAGUCCAGCAGAGUUGAUGCAAGAUUUCCAGUUGAGCUACAAUCAGCUGAUGCGAUAUCUCGCGAAGAUGAAGAAAGCAGUGACGGGACCGGGGAUAGAAGGAGGUUAUGGGCUGAUCAUUUUCUGUACUUUCAAGUUGAACAGUUUUUCGAUUUUUGAACAAUUUUUGAUGACCGACCAAGGAGCGCAUUGGUCGCUGUUUCUGAUCGUAGUUGCUAAGUUGUAAAUCAAAUAUAAGAUAAUAGAGUUUGAUGUUGUCCUGUGAAACUACUUGAAAAGAGAUCUUCCCAUCCCGACAUCUCUAAUACUCCAAAGACGCAGAGCUAGAUGGCGACGCACCCUCUCCUUCGGUCGUAGCCAUGACGGAAGGCAAGAAGAUACAACAAGACUGUGCGAGAAUAGCAGACAAGAUUGGCGGAGGUGGAGGGGGUAGGAGUAUCUUGGACACCUUACAAGGGUACGUGAACGGCUUGAACGCUGCACUGGAUGAUGAGGGGCUUACUUCUCAGAAUGGUGCGAAUCAAGCGUAGUCAUCCUCAAUGUAGCAAUCUGUGUGUAGUUGCCCACCAUGAGUACUUAGUUACUUGUGAUAGUACUGGCAAGAAGAAGAACUACAUCAACUUUUUAGCCGCAACUGCUGCACGACG